GGAAGGCGGAAUGAAAGGGAGCAGCUUCCCCUCCGCCUCACUCCUCUCCGUUUCUCUCUCUUUCUGGGGCUCCAGUUCCAUCUUCCUCACGCGAAGACCCGCUGGUCCUUGGGGCGCCAUCUUUGGCCCGGGCGGAAGUCCAGCGAGGGGAGGCGCCUCCGCUUCCUAGAGAGGCAGAAAAAGGCUUGCGCGGCGCGCUUCGGUCUGAGCUCACUUCCGGAGGAGGCGGAGGCGGGAGAGGGAAGGCCUUGAUGGCGGCGGGAGAGAGAGACGGAGACUGAGGUAAAAAUAGGGAAAUGAAGACCCUAUGAAGUCACCUCUGGCAUGAUAAGACAAUAUCAAUAUCUAGUGGAUAUUUAGGAAUUUUGAAACCAAAGAGCAGUACUGAAGGAAAUCCGAUAGGAAGAAGAAAUCCUCCCUAGGUGCUGAUCUGUGGAACUCACAUUUGAUCAGAAAGAAAAAGCUAAGACUCAAGUGUCCAUAUUGCCAUUAAUAAUAUACAUAACCGUCAAUAUGGAAAAGAAAUCCUAUACAUGUCUUGAAUGUGGAAUGAGCUUCAAUCACAGUGGAAAUCUACAUGCACAUCAAAGGACUCACACUGGGGAGAAACCCUAUACAUGUCUUGAGUGUGGAAUGAGCUUCACUCGGAGUGGAACUCUACUUUCACAUCAAAGGAGUCACAGGGGGGAGAAACCCUAUACAUGUCUUGAGUGUGGAGUGAGCUUCACUCACAGUGGAACUCUACUUUCACAUCAAAGGACUCACAGUGGGGAGAAACCCUAUAUAUGUCUUGAGUGUGGAAAGAGCUUCACUCAGAGUGGAAAUCUACAUUCACAUCAAAGGACUCACACUGGGGAGAAACCCUAUAAAUGCCUGGAAUGCGGACAGAGCUUCGCUGUGAGUGGAGGUCUACGCAGACAUCAGAGGACCCACACUGGGGAGAAACCCUAUAAAUGUCUAGAAUGUGGACAGACCUUCACUGAAAGUGGACACCUACGUUCACAUGAAAGGACUCACACUGGAGAGAAACCCUUUAAAUGCCUAGAGUGUGGAUUGAGCUUCACUCAUAGUUCAGAUCUACGUAGACAUCAAAGGACUCACACUGGGGAGAAACCUUAUACAUGCCUGGAGUGUGGACAGAAUUUCGCUCAGAAAGGAACUCUACAUUCACAUCAAAGGACUCACACUGGGGAGAAACCCUUCAAAUGCCUGGAGUGUGGAAAGAGCUUCACUGAGAAUGGAAAGCUACGUUCACAUCAAAGAACUCACACUGGAGAGAAGCCCUAUAAAUGCCUGGAAUGUGGACAGAGCUUCACUGUGAGUGGAAAUCUACGUUCGCAUCAAAGGAUUCAUACUGGGGAGAAACCCUAUACAUGUCUAGAGUGUGGACAGAGCUUCACUUAUAGUUCAAGUCUACAUAAUCAUCAAAAGAUUCACACUGGAGAGAAACCCUAUACAUGUCUUGAGUGGGGACAGAGCUUCCCUCAUAGUUUAAGUCUAAAUAGUCAUCAAAGGACUCAAACUGGGGAGAAACCCCAUGAAAGCAUGGAAUAUGUAAAGACCUUCACUGAGGCUGGAAGUCUACAUAGUUAUCAAAUUACUCACACUGGGGAGAAACCCUAUGAAAGCAUGGAGUAUGUAAAGACUUUCACUGAGGCUGGAAGUCUACAUAGUCAUCAAAGGACUCACACUGGGGAGAAACACUAUGAUUGUGUGGAGUGUGGAAAGAGCUUCACUCAGGCUGAAAGUCUACGUAGACAUCUAAGAGGUCACACUGGGGAAAAACCCUUUACAUGCCUGGAGUGUGGAAAGAGCUUUGCUCGGAGUGGAUACCUACGUUCACAUGAAAGGACUCAUACUGGGGAGAAACCCUAUACGUGCCUGGAAUGUGGACAGAGCUUCGUUGAGAGUGGAAGUCUACGUUCACAUGAAAGGACUCAUACUGGGGAGAAACCCUAUAAAUGCCUGGAGUGUGGACACAGCUUCACUCGGAAUGAAAAUCUACGUAGACAUCAAAGAACUCACACAGGGGAGAAACCCUAUAACUGCCUGGAAUGUGGACAGAGCUUCACUAACAGUGGAAGUCUACGUUCACAUGAAAUGACUCACACUGGGGUGAAACCCUUUAAAUGCCUGGAGUGUGGAAAGACCUUCACUAAUCAUGGAAAGCUACGUAGACAUCAAAUAAUUCAUACUGGAGAGAAACCCUAUGAAUGCCUGGAGUGUGGAAAGAGGUUCACUGAGGCUGGAAGUCUACGUAGACAUCAAAGGGCUCACACUGGGGAGAAACCUUAUACAUGCCUGGAGUGUGGACAGAGCUUUGCUCAGAUUAGAAACUUACGUGCACAUCAAAUUACUCACACAGGGGAGAAACCCUAUACAUGCCUGGAAUGUGGACAGAGCUUCACGGAGAGUGGAAGUCUACAUUCACAUGAAAGAAUUCACACUGGGGAGAAACCCUAUAAAUGCCUGGAGUGUGGACUGAGCUUCACUGAGAAUAAAAACCUACGUUCACAUGAAAGGACUCACACUGGAGAGAAACCCCAUAAAUGUCUGGAGUGUGGAAAGAGCUUCACUGAGGCUAAAGGUCUACGUAGACAUCAAAGGACUCACACUGGGGAGAAACCCUAUACAUGCCUGGAGUGUGGAAAGAGCUUUGCUCAGAGUGGACAUCUAAGUUCACACCGAAAAACUCACACUGGGGAGAAACCCUUUAAAUGCCUGGAAUGUGGACAGAGCUUCACUGAGAGUAGUAGUCUACGUAGACAUCAAAGGACUCAACACUGGGGAGAAACCCUAUACAUCCCUGGAAUGUGGACAGAGCUUUGCUCGGAGUGGAUACCUACGUUCACAUUAAAUGACUUACACUGGGGAGAAACCCUUUAAAUGCCUGCAAUGUGGACAAAACUUCACUGAGUGUGGAAGUCUAUGUCCCCAUGAAAGGACUCACACUGGGGAGAAACCCUUUAAAUGCCUGGAGUGUGGACAGA